GGGGGCUCCGCGAACUUUGAAGCGCCGCAGCGCUGUAGUUGUCCGUUGUCUGUGCCGCCGCCUGCCUGCCUUGGUUGAAGGAGGAAAAGGUGUUGAGUGCAAAACCAUCCCGCAAUGGCUACUGCUCAGGUAACGGGCAGACAGCUCAUAUGCAUGCCGUUGCUCCCCUCAAGGGACGUACUGACACGUGGGGCCUGCCUGCCUGCCUGUCUGUCAUGUGUCGGUCUGUCUAUCGGGGCCCCCGCAUGUGUAUCGUAUGUAUGUGUGCAGGUGUCUGGCGUGAAUCCUCUGAUGGAGAGUCAGAACCAGCCGGGUUGUCUGGGCAGCAGGUGCAGCCCUUGCGGCGCUCGCAAGGCGGCCCCCGUCCAGCAGGUCCAUGCCGUGCCCCUCUACCCAGAAAUGAACCAAAUGACCGUCCAGACACGCACAUACGCUGCACCAGCCACUGCAAGGUCCCCUGACUGACAUGACACCACCCGCUCGUGUGUGUAUGGCUGGUGGCUGCAGCCAGGCCUGAGGCAGCCAGAGAGAGGCACCCUGACUGAUGCAUGAGGCAGGCCUGCUGUAAUAGCUGGUGGCGUUGGCAGCGUUUGUGUGGAUGCCCUGCCUUGAUGUCUCUUUCUCUGUCUGAUUGUCUGCCUGCCUGUGUGUGUGUGGCUGUGCGUGUGUGUGUAGGCCUGCGAUGGAGAUGGCUCCGAGCAUGCCGGCCAUGUCUCCGCUGCCGCCCAUGCAGACGCAGGCCCCAACCACCGCCAAUAUUUCAUCGCCCAACCUCAGCGUGGUCAGUCACCAACCAAGGAGACACACAGACAGACAGACAGACAGACGACAGUAGAGGAAGGACCCACUCACUCACUCACUCACUCACUCACUAAUUCACUGACUGCACGGCGGCUGUCCAUCGGUCUGUCUGUCUGUCUGUCUGUCUGUCUCUCACACCGUGCGUGUCUCUCCAGAUUCCGAAUGCCUACGCGACGCCUCGUGUGGUCGGCGGUACGACCAUGGUGUCAGCGCCUCCCCCGGCCACCGUUGUGUCCAAGGAUGUUGCGGCCCUCGACACGGCCGUCCCUGUGCCGCAGCAGCAGGUCCGUGAGGUGGUAGGUGCCAAGGCGGCCCCCCCGGCCCCUCCCGCGCCCGCCAUGGUGGGGCAGCAGCAGCCGCCACCCCCGCCUGUCAUGCACAUGAUGAUGAUGGUACGCACGCCGACCAACACACACACACACACACUCACUCAGACGGACGGACGGACGGACGGACGGACGGGCAACCAACAUGAGACACGGGGGACGGACAGUGCGUGUCGGUUGGUUGGUUGAAGUCCCCGCUUGAUUGUUUGCUGUUUUGUCGCCAUGCAGCAGUUGCCGCCCAGCCAGAGGCGCCCUGACAUGAUGAACUUCAUGAUGCAAUACGCACAGACCAAGACUGAAGUCCAAAGUCAGCCAGGGAGCCGGGAAGGAAGGGAGGGAGGGAGGCAGCGAUGGUGGACCACAUACCACGCCAACGACCACUUUAUUUGACGGAGUGUGGUUGUGUUGUGUUGUGUUGUGUCGUAUUGUGUCGCUCAGCGUGUAUGCAGUUGAUCAACAAGUUGUCUCAGGAGCUGGAGAUGCUCAAGAAGUCAAACGCAGACCUCCAACGACAAAUCGACGAACACGAGGUCAGUAAGCGCAAAGACGGAGGCAGGUGGGUGGACACACCACACGCCGCUCCUUGUCGGCCUGUCUGUGUGUCUGCCUGCCUGCCUGCCUGCCUCCUCCUUGCCCAGCGUGAGCUGCACCCGGAGAGAUUUGAGAGCCGACCUGCGGCACGGGUCUGUGGGGGACAGCUGCCACCCAUCUACCGGGCGCGUGUCUCUAUAUUCUUGGUUGGGUGUGUGGUGUGCAGGGCGGCGGUGCUGGCGGUGUGUUGAGUGGCGUUCAGGGCGGCGAUGCGUCGGACCCCAUCGACGUCUACCUCAAUGACUUCGUCAACGUAUAACACACCACACCACACCAAACCACACCACCACUUCGGAUGGACAGCACAGCAGCAUGACAUGACAGCACACCCGGGACACUCGUCCAUGUCUCCACCUACCCGCCUUUGUGUGUGUGUGUGUGUAGAACCAUCCGGACAUCAACUUGAAGAUCAGCAAGGUGGAUCCACCCAUGUACCUACUCAACGGACAAGAGGUAGGGUAGGUAGGUAGGCGGGCACCCGUCCUCCUCCCCAUCGAUCCCCGUUCCUCCCUCCCCUUCAGGCGUUCAUCACUGAGAAGGACGGUGUUGUGGUCAUUCGCGAUGGUGUUGAGUGGAAGUCAUUCAUCGUCAGACACACACACUGCACACGACCCACAUACAUACCUCACCUGUGUCACUGCUGUGUUGUUGUGUGUCUUUGAUACAUGAUGCCGUGCGCCCAUCAGGACUUCAUAGCCGAGGCGACGGCCCCGCCGCCGGCUGAAACCGAGGAAGCGCCGCCCGGUUAGGCAGGCAGGCAGGCAGCUAGCCAGCCUGACAGGCAGAUUGCCUAUGGGCGUGGUUGCUUGGUUGCUUGGUUGAUUGGUUGGUUGGUUGGUUUGUGCGUGCAGCCCCGAAGCCCAAGGCCAAGACAAAGGUUGCAGCUGCCAAACCCGGAGCCAAGACCAAGGCUGCUGCUGGUGCUGGCGCUAAGGUACGUACGCACGUGCGCAUGUACGUACAUGCGGAUACAUAAUGGGUGAAGGACAAGGAAGGAGACAGACAGGAGGACGUGACUGACUGGCGCACACGCUGCUAAAUCCCUCUCCUCUCCCUCCCUCCCUCCCUCCCUGUCUGUUGUUUUCAUUGAUUGGCUCAUGCAUUCAGGCGAAGCCCAAGGCUGGAGCGGCCAAGGCCAAACCAAAGGCCAAGGCCAAGUAAUUGCACAACCAAUCGUACGUAGUCAGGGCGGCAGACGGACGGACUGACGGAAAGGCGGUUGCGUGAUCGAUACACACAUACAUACGUAUGCAUGUCAUGAUAAAAGGAAGGAAUGUGUGCGUUCCUACUGAAUGUGUGAGAGGUGAGUGAGAGGGUGUCUGUCUGUCUGUCUGUUUCUCAUUUUUGGGUGAGAGUGAGUGAGCAAGCCAGCGACAGACAGACAGCUGAAGAAAGGUGUCAGGCAGACAGACAGACGGCCGGCAGGCGGGGAG